GGUUUUGCAUUUGCUCUUAGUUUCCUCCCUACCCCCUGCCCGGGGUCGGAGUCCGAGCUCCGCAGUCCCGGGGGUGUAGAGGGAGAAGCUCCGGACGGAGCCAAUUCCGGGGCCCUGGGCCUGGUCUCCCUGCUCCCUGCUCCCUGCUCCCUGGGGAGCACGUGGUCUGCCCUGCCACAGACCCCCGAGGUCCGGAGCUACCUAACCCCUCCUCUUCCCGGCUGCAGAGUCCAAAUACCUGGGCAGCCUCCUCCUGCCUCCUUUCCUGCCAGCAUGGCUGCAGAGGCUCGGGGCGGGCUGGGGGGACCCCCGCUGCAAUCCGCCCGCUCCCUGCCGGGCCCUCCCCCCUGCCUCAAGCACUUUCCACUCGACCUGCGCACCUCCAUGGAUGGCAAAUGCAAGGAGAUCGCUGAGGAAUUGUUUAGCCGCUCGUUGGCAGAGAGUGAACUUCGGAGUGCCCCGUAUGAAUUCCCGGAGGAGAGCCCUAUUGAGCAGCUGGAGGAGCGGCGCCAGCGACUGGAGCGGCAGAUCAGCCAGGAUGUCAAGUUGGAACCGGACAUUCUGCUUCGAGCCAAGCAAGACUUUCUGAAGACGGACAGCGAUGCGGACCUACAGUUGUACAAGGAGCAGAGUGAAGCUCAGGGUGACCGUGGGCCCAGGGAGCGAGAUGGGCAUCUGGAGCUAGAGUUUCAGAAGGUCUCCAUCUCUGGGGAGGAGAAGUGUGGGGUACCAUUCACCGACCUGUUGGAUGCGGCCAAGAGUGUGGUACGGGCGCUGUUCAUCCGGGAGAAGUACAUGGCCCUGGGCCUUCAGAGUUUCUGCCCCACCACUCGACGUUUCCUGCAGCAGCUGGCCGAGAAGCCCCUGGAGAGCAGGGCCUUUGAGCAGGGCCCAGAGACCCCUGUCUCUGCUGAUGCUCCAGUCCAUCCCCCCGUGCUGGAACAGCACCCUUACGAUCACUGUGAGCCCGCCUUCAUGCCUGGGGACCUGGGCUUUGGCCUCCGCAUGAUCCGGGGAGUUGUCCAUGUCUACCUGAAAAGGGAUCCUGAGGAACAGAACUCAGAGCUGGAGCUGCCGUACCCCGACCUCCAGGAGUUUGUCGCUGACGUCAAUGUGCUGAUGGCACUAAUCAUCAACGGUCCCAUAAAGUCCUUCUGCUACCGUCGGCUGCAAUACCUGAGCUCCAAAUUCCAAAUGCACGUGCUGCUCAAUGAGAUGAAGGAGCUGGCCGCCCAGAAGAAGGUGCCCCAUCGGGACUUCUACAACAUCAGGAAGGUGGACACACACAUCCAUGCCUCGUCCUGCAUGAACCAGAAGCACCUCCUUCGCUUUAUCAAGAGGGCCAUGAAGCGGCACCUGGAGGAGAUUGUGCAUGUGGAGCAGGGCCGGGAGCAGACACUGCGGGAGGUCUUCCAGAGCAUGAACCUCACGGCCUAUGACCUGAGUGUGGACACGCUUGACGUACACGCGGAUCGGAACACCUUCCAUCGAUUCGACAAGUUCAACGCCAAGUACAACCCCAUUGGGGAGUCCGUCCUUCGAGAGAUCUUCAUCAAAACAGACAACAGGGUCUCGGGAAAAUACUUUGCCCACAUCAUCAAGGAGGUGAUGUCGGACUUGGAGGAGAGUAAGUACCAGAACGCAGAGCUGCGUCUCUCUGUGUACGGGCGCUCGAGGGACGAAUGGGACAAGCUGGCACGCUGGGCCGUGGGACAUCGCGUGCAUUCUCCCAACGUGCGCUGGCUGGUGCAGGUGCCCCGGCUUUUUGACGUCUAUCGCACCAAAGGUCAGCUGGCCAACUUCCAGGAGAUGCUGGAGAACAUCUUCCUGCCACUGUUUGAGGCCACGGUGCACCCCGCCAGCCAUCCAGAGCUGCACCUCUUCUUGGAGCAUGUGGACGGCUUUGACAGUGUGGAUGAUGAAUCCAAGCCUGAGAACCAUGUGUUCAAUCUGGAAAGUCCACUCCCUGAGGCCUGGGUGGAGGAGGACAACCCUCCCUACUCCUACUACUUGUACUAUACCUAUGCCAACAUGGCGGUGCUCAACCACCUGCGAAGACAGCGGGGUUUUCAUACCUUUGUGCUCCGGCCCCACUGCGGGGAGGCAGGACCCAUCCACCAUCUGGUAUCAGCCUUCAUGCUGGCCGAGAACAUCUCCCAUGGGCUGUUGCUUCGAAAGGCUCCAGUCUUGCAGUACCUGUAUUACCUGGCUCAGAUUGGCAUUGCCAUGUCCCCGCUCAGCAACAACAGCUUGUUUCUCAGCUACCAUCGCAACCCGCUGCCCGAGUAUCUUUCCCGGGGGCUCAUGGUCUCGCUCUCCACGGAUGACCCCCUGCAGUUUCAUUUCACCAAGGAGCCUCUGAUGGAGGAGUAUAGCAUCGCCACUCAGGUGUGGAAGUUGAGUUCUUGUGACAUGUGUGAGCUGGCCCGAAACAGCGUCCUCAUGAGUGGCUUCUCGCACAAGGUGAAGAGCCACUGGCUAGGGCCCAAUUACACCAAAGAGGGCCCCGAGGGCAACGACAUCCGCCGCACCAACGUGCCAGACAUCCGCGUGAGCUACCGCCACGAGACGCUGUGCCAGGAGCUGGCCCUCAUCACGCAGGCGGUGCAGAGUGAGACGCUGGAGCCCAUCCCCGAGGAGGCUAGCCUCACCAUGAGCCCAGGGCCUCACUGAGCCUGGGCCAAUGGCCUGACACCUUGUGGUGUCCUCUGUCCUGUCCUCUCUAUUUUCCUCCGUCUUUGUGCCUUCUCUGUUUGACUCUGUCCCCAUAUGUCUCUACUUCUUUGCAUGUCUCUGCUUGUCUCUCUGUCCUCUGGUCUGUGCCGCCUCCAAUAGUAGGAGGGGAUUGUUGGCCCGUAUACUUCUGGUCACUGGGCCCAGAGACCCUGCUGCUGACUUCUUUUUGACUCUGAAUUACGUCUGUCAUAACGCACCAGGGCUGGGCCCUGGCACUGCCCUUUGUAGUGGGCAGCCUGAAAGGUAGCUCCUCCCUUCUGCCCGUCACUCCAGGGUGUCAGAAGCCUGGAAGCUAAGCCUCAUUCUGUUGUGAGAAGGGAUGUUUCUGGAGGAACCUUUCCCUGGGGCCCUGUGCCCAUCUAAUGGCUGGGGAGCUGGGUUUUCUAGAGCUUCUCGGCCACGUGGGACAGGUGCUGUGGUUCCAUGCCCACAGACACUACCUGGGUGGGUACCCAAGUUGGUCAGGACCCGGGCACCAGCAUGGUCUUGCUUACACAUCCUGGCAAGUGUGAUGAUGUCUUGUCAGAAGACGGGGCUGCUGUGGGCACCUCGGAUGAGGGCUGGAGCCUCACCGGUUGUUAAGCUGGGUGGGCUCCUUCCUCCUCAGGUUACUGUUGCCGUCACAUGGCUAGCCAAAGGCUUGUCCCUUCCCUCCCAUGCCCAUCUCCGAUUGGGGUGCGCUGGGGUGGGGGGGAAGGGAAGGCUGAGGACCUGAUUUAGGUUCUAGGAUCAGGCCGGGUGCCCAAAGACGGUACUAUGGCCGCUUCCAUCCUUGCCGCCCACCCAGACAAGCUCGAGCUGUGGUUUUUUGUGCCACUGUGAGGGGGGAGGAAGGGGAGAGGAGGGACCCUGCUUCAGCCUAAGCAUUGGGCAUCAGGGGAAGCAGGGGAGGGCCCAGGCACACCCAGGUGGCCUUGGAGAGAAAGAGAGCAUCCCUGGGUAGGCUCCCAUUCUCGCCUCUCUUCUCCCUACCCUUGUCGGUGUCUUUGUCACUGGCCAAGCUGGAACUGUGUUUUUCAUUGCUGUGAAAUGUGAGAUUUCAAACCAGUCCCUCUCCAAAGCAUGAAAAAAAUAAAGAUUAUUUAAGUAA